GUGGGGUCUCGGCGCCGCACAUGCGCACUAACUCGGCGGGAACUGUUGGGACGCGAGCUGGCGCCAAAUUUUAAAACUUUCCUCCGUCAGCGGCGGAGGCGCCUGAGGGGGGGAGAGACUUAAAUUGUUGAAUCAUUUAAUAAAUGGAACAGUAGAGGAUAGUUAGUGAUUAUUAAAUAACUUGCAGUUGAGGCGCCUGAAAGUUGCCGCCGUGCUCCUGUGUCGGAGCUUCUUUCCACCCCCGUCCGUUCCCUCUUCACAAGAUGUCAGCUGAGCAAGUGGCCGGCUACUCGCCCAGCUUUAGGAAGCCGUCCGAGGUGCUGAGGUUGAGGAGGAAACGAGCCCGCAGCGCGGCCGGGCAGCUUCCAUCGGGCGGCUUCAGCUUGUCCGAGCAGCCGACCAUCGCCACGGUUUCCCCGGCCGACACGGAUGAGCACGGCGGCCCGGGGCAGCAGCACCAACAACAGCGUAAGAAGUGCAGGAGGAACCCGUUCGCCGAUGUCGCCAACACCCGCGGGCUGUUGGCGGAGAGUUCGUCUCCUGCAGCCGAGGAGAAGCCGCAGAGCGAAGGGGACCCUCAGGUGUCAUCUAAAGGAGGUGAAGAUUCCAUUUGGGAAGGAAAGUUUAUUUCCCACGAACUGCCAUUUCCUGUGCCAGUUAAAAAUUUACAGUGCUCUGGAACACUGCCUGAAUUCGCUUCUUUGCCUGCAGACUUCCCUGCUGACUGGAGUGUCAAAACAUGGGUUCUUUUCACGUCCCCUCAUCCUUUUACUUGGACAGGUCAGCUAAAAGCAUCAGAAGAAGCCAAAGGAUUAAUUCAACACUGUCGUUCCUCAGUAGUUGAUUUCCCUUUGCACAUAGAGGAUCCAAGAUCGUGUACAGAUUUACGCUGUGCCUUCCAGCAGAAUCUUGUAUACUGGCUUCAUCCUUCGCUGCCAUGGCUAUCACUGUUCCCUCGUAUAGGUGCAGAACGGAAAAUGGCUGGCAAAAAUAAUCCAUGGGCACAAGAUGAAGAGCUCCAACAAGUGCUAAUGGGUGAAUGGUCACUCAGUUUUAGUUCUCUGUAUAAUUUAUUGCGAGCCAAACUUUGCCCUUAUUUCUACUUCUGCACAUAUCAAUUCACUGUGCUGUUCCGGGCAGCUGGAAUAGCAGGAAGUGAUGUCCCUACAGCUGUUAUUUCCCCAACGACAAGGGGUCUUCGAGAAGCCAUGAAAGAUGAAGGGAUUACAUUUUCCAUGCCCUUACUGGAAGAUGGUAGAAAUGGAAAGACCAAAAAAAGUGAGACUACAGAUGUGGGCACGCACAUUCCAAAUGUUGAAGCACAGGAGAAAAACUCAGAUGUUCAGAAAGAACAUGCUGGCAGUAGUGAAGAGGAUGACGACGAUGAUGAUGGGGCCUCCUGGCUGAAAUAUAUGGGUGUACAGGACAAUGUUCGAAAACUUAACUCUAUGUCCAUUAAACUUCGUAAGGAACACAACCUUGUGCAAAUGGACCAUAAGCCUGAAUCAGCUGUGCUAGUGAAAGGCCUGCACACAUUUACUUUGCUGAACUUCCUUAUGAACAAUAAGAGCAUAGUAGCUGUAGCUGGACCACAAGCAGGACUCCCACCUACACUUUUGGCACCUGUUGCAUUCAGAGGAGCCUCGAUGCAGACGUUAAAGGCAAGAAGUAUUAACAUAAAGGCACAUCAUCCCUCUGGGAUGAAGGAAUCUCACAGCCUUGAGAUCACUGGUCCUAUCAUGCCUCACGCCAUCCACAGCCUGACACUGAUGCUGAAAUCGGCUCAGAAAGGAAACUUUGCAGCCAACUUUCACACGCAUGAACCAACAUCAGUGUUUAACAUACCCCUCAAACUGGAACGUCAGGAAGAUAAGGAUCACUCUUCAGGUGAGCUGUCUAAUUAUGGUCUACACCCAGAAACACUGACUCAACUAAUGCAACAGCCAACCAUUGGAAAAUCCUCCAUAAAGCAUAUAGAAAUGGACAACUAUAAAUAUACAUGGAAGUUGUGAUUGCUGAAAUUCAGUAGAUGCUAUGAUUUACUUUUAAAAAGUUUUAAGUAUUCACAUAUUGUAGAUGUUGAAUGAAAUGCAACUGAAUUCUGGGGAAAACUAGAUAGUUUUUUUAACAAUGAACAUUAAUUAAAGUAAUUAGAGGCCAAAUAACAUUAGACAUUAAGUGACUAAAUACCCAUGCUUUUAAGUUAAUAUUCUACAUUAGUAUUACCAAUAUUAUUUGAAAUUGGGUUUAUUUUAAAUGCAUAUGAUAAAUGCAUUUCAUAUUUUAAUCAUGUGAAGAUGAGUCGGUAGGAGCUACUUGAAAAAUCCAUUUAAUCAUUUUGUCUAAAGGAAUUAUGCUGUCCGCUGACCCACUCUAUGAUCUUUGCUCUUGAAAGACACAGACCGGGCAGUGAAUGCCAUGCAAUGUCACCCAGCGCAGCAAGUGAGGCCAUGUCCUGCUCCUGGCAGCAGUCAGAAUUUAAGGGUUUGCAGGAAGCGGCUGACAUGAGCGAGGCCAGCGAGCGGCAGGAGAGAGGUGUUCAGCAGAGAGCACUGCCAGAGGAGUGGGCCGGCAGAAGGCGCUGAGGUGGUUGCCGGUUCCGCUGUCUGGUCCCGGUGGCUACUUCCCUCCCCAGCCACAAUGUGGUGGCUCUGCACCCAGAGCGCCACGGCAGCAGUGAGUUAGUUGCUGGCAUGAUCCCCAACCCCCCUUCUCAAUGCUACAGCCCGUACUGACGCGGGCCAGACUCCCCAUAUGCUGUGAAAGAAACUCUUCCCCCUGCCCCAGCGGCACUGUACUUUUACAACCGCUUCCCAUCAGCUACCAGCAAUGAGGGAUAGACUUGGCUAUCCAUCAGUACAACAUCAUUCUUGAUGUUGCUGUACUGAGGAAUAGCCAAGUCUUAUCUUUCUUGGCUAACAACCUAACCUUUGGCCUCCAAGUUGCAGGUAAAUUUUCGCACCUUAUUUUUGGGUGAAAAAUACGUCUUCGUUGCCGAGAAAUAUGGUAGUUCUGUACCCACAUUUACCUGCCUACUGUGCAUUCUGCCAUCUAUUUGCAUAGGGUCCUUCAGAGGGUUAUGCUAGUCAAAAAACAUAAUUUUUUUCUAUUAAUAUGUAGAAAUCAGCUUUAUCAAAUAAUGAAACUGAUACAAUACAAUUUGUAGAUCAACUCCAUAGUUUACUGGAAUAUUCAUGCUCUCCAAUUCACUAUCAAUGACAAUGUUUAGUGUUUAUACAUCAGGAUCUACUAUAGGGGAAUUGUAGUUGUGUUAUGUUACUUGACCUGGCACAGCAAUGUCUGAAAAUGUAAAUAAACUCUCGAGCAACAGUUAAGGUGGUUUUAGGUUUGUGUUACUCUAAUUAGAAAUGUGUUUUAUCUAAAUUUUAGCUGUGAUAAAUACGACGUCCCAGACCUAUGAGAAUUAACUAGAUACGACCUAUUAACUGAUAAAGCAUAAGACAUGGGCACAUUUUAGUUUGUAGUUAUCUGCCUUUUGGUUUAACCAUCAACAGAGGAAAAAAGUAAAGCCAUUGUAAAUCUCAAUGUAGUAAAAGAUGUCUUUUAUCAGAUUUUAUUUUGCCAGUCUACAUUCAACAUUGGACAGAUAUUUUGUUCAGAAGCUCUAAGAUUUAUAGCUUCAUUAGCUUCAGAAUUGAUCAUUUUGUUAUUGCACUUUCAGUAUGCACUGCUAUUUUAAUGUCUGAUAUGACUAUUUAUUAAGUAUUAAAUAUACCAGUUGAGCCUUG